UUCUAUCUAUCUUUCUUACUUUUCUUGGUUCUUUCUCUCAUUGUACAUAAUUUCUCUCUCCUUUUAUAAAAACUUUCUCUCUUUCAAAUGAAUGAUAAAUAGAAUUAUUUGAUAAUGGGGGAAAAGUCACUUACUCUAGACUUGUCGACUGUAGGUCAUAAGGCGCCAAACUUAAUACCUUGGCGACAAUCUAUCGGCGCCAUUAGUCAACAUUCAAAGCAGUAGUAACCUUAUGAAUACAUCCUUAUGCUAUGGAAACAGAAAAGACAAAUCUAUACAAUUUGACGCCGUCAACACUUAUAUUUCUCAAAACAUCUAACCUUAGUCGUCUAUCAAUAGAUUAUUACUUUUCAAUUACAAAAAUUAUUACUGUAUACAAAUUUCAAAAAUUUUUCGAUUAUGUAUUUGAAAAAUGUUGGCAAUUAAAAUAUUCAAUUAAACAAUUCGGAUUAUAUCUUAUAUUAUCUAUCAGAAAAACAUUCAUUUUAAACAGGAUAUGUAAAUGUAUUAUUGUGAAGUUAAACAAAUCUAUUUUAUUCAUUAUUUUUAAUAAUUCAAUUCAUAAAUUAUGUUUUUUAAUUAUUUAUUUAAAAUUUAUUAUACGAUUUUUAUUAAUCACUUAUUAUAUUUCAUAUAAUACUCAAUCAAUUAAACAUUUAAUUUAUACAAAUGUCAAUAAUCAUAAUGAUGACAAUGAUGUUGAUGAUGGUGACAAUGAUCAUGAUGAUGAUUAUGUUGAAAGGGAACCAUUCAUUAAAUCAUCAAUAUUUCAAUCGAAUAAAAGUAAAUCAGUGAAAUCCUUAUCAUUAUCAAAUGUAUUAUCUAGAAAAAAUACAAAGAAGGUUAGAAAUAUAUCUAGAUUGAAUGUUCUUACUUAUUUAAUAUGGAUUAUUAUAAUUAUUUUAACAUGUACUAUAAAAACUAUUGAAUCUAUUGAACAAAUUCAUCAUUCACCUAAAUUAUCAAAUGAAUAUAAUUUAAUUAAUCUAUUACAAUCAUUAACUACAAUUGAAAAACAAAUGAAUUUAAAUAUAUUAACAAAAUCUGAACAAAAAACAUGGAAUUAUUUAAUAGAAAAAUUAUUAAAAUCACAAAUAAAUAUGAUUAAAAAUAAUCCAUCUAUAGAUUAUACUUCAAGUAUAACAACUAUAAGUAGUAGUUUAAGUAGUAUGAAUAGAAAACAGUUCAAUAAUAAUAAUAAUAUUCAAAAGCCAUCUAAAGAAGAAUUAAUAGCUAAAACACCUAAUUAUAUGUUUAAAUUACAUGAACGUCAUAUGAAUGAUUGGCAUAGUUUUGGACGUUAUGAAUCUAAUCAUUUAUUACAUCCUGAUUAUGUGAAAUAUUUAAAUGAAAAUUCAAUUUCAAUAGAUAAUAUUGAUUUAUAUAAAGAAAAAAAAGAAAAAACUCAUCAUAAUCGUCAUCAUCUUGGUAUGAUUACAGCAAUAAGGCAUCAUAAACAUAUAGAAAAAAAACAUAACUUAAAUAAAGAUGAUUUUAUCUAUAACUCAAAACAGGAAAAGUUACAAAAGAAAAGAGGAUUUUUAAGACUAAUAUUGUUAGAUAAGGCAAGCAAUAAAAAAAUUGCUAAACGUUAUAAACGUUUACAACGAAUACUCAAUGCACAAUUAAAACAACAACAACAGCAACAAAAAAGUGAAACUAAUCAACAAAGUGUUCAGCGUAACAAACAAAAUUACAUUAAACAAAGAUCACGUCGUUUAGCUCAAUAUCAACGUCGUCAUAAUCGUGCUAGUCAAGAUCGUUAUUAUUAUAGUGAUUUAGAUUCAACAAAUGAAAUAGUUGAAGAUCAUGAUAUAAAUGAAGAUGCUUCAUCACAUCGUAAAAUAACACAUAAUUCAUAUGAGAAUAAUAGAGAAAAUCAUCAUUCACAACAACAACAACAACAUCAACAAUAUCGAUAUGAUAUAACAAAAUCUUAUUCAAAUGUAUUACAAACAAAUAAUCAUCAUUACUUAGAUACAACAUGUCAAAGACGUGAAUUAAUAAUCAAUUUUGAUGCUGUUGGUUGGGCUGGUUGGGUUAUUGCACCACAAGCAUAUAAUGCACGUUAUUGUUUAGGUCAAUGUCCAUUUCCAUUAUCAACUCAUUAUAAUACAACUAAUCAUGCUGUACUUCUUCAAUUAGUACAUUUAUUAGAUGUAGCUAGAAUUUCUGGUCCUUGUUGUGUACCACAUAAAUUAUCAUCACAAUCAUUAUUAUAUCAUAGUCAAAAUGGUGAUGUUGUACUUAGAGUUUAUGAAGAUAUGGUUGUAGAAAGUUGUGCUUGUCGUUAAUAUAAAAAAAGAAUACUGAAUUACUAUUACUAUAUCAAAGGUCAUUAUAUAUAUGACAACAAAAAAUAACUUCAACUCCAGUCGCUAUUAGUAAUAUCAUUUCUAUUUGGAAAAAAUCAUUCAUAACAUUUAUUAUUCAUUGUAAUAUUAUAUUAAAAACAUUAAUGAACAUUGUUAUAUAAUGAAAAUACGAACAUUUUUUUAAAAUUCAUUUAACUUUAUAAAUUUUCUUUUCUAAUAAUAAACAAUCAAUUAUUGAUCUGUUCUAUCGUUUGUUUUUCUUUUUCUUUUCUUUAUUAUAUUACUGAAAUAAAAUAUUUUGAUCUAUUUUGUUUUUCUUUCAAAAUAAUUCUCAUCAUUAAGGAAUGAUUAUACAUAAAUUGUAUAACAAGUUCAUAGCUUAUCAUUUGUUUUAAUGUAUCCUAAUAUAUGAC